GACACAGUGCUCGUCGUUCGUUCUGGAAACCCUUGCCGCCCAACCACCCCCCACACCCCCAGUAACAGUUGAGGCAGCGGCGGCAGCACGCCCCGACACCCUCCCCUCCGGCCGACUCCAUCCGUCCGCCGCCGCACCCCUUUGUAAUGCCCGGCGAGGUUGUUCCUUGAGCUGACGCUAGCUAGGCUACGACCGGAGCUGGCUGAGACAAUGGAAGAUGCGGGCAUGAAGUUCGUCCUCGACGUUGUUGACAGGUUUCCCCUGCUGAGGAUUUCACGGACAGCCGAAUCCGGUUCCUCUGGUUUUGUUAGCGAAUGGAGGAGCAGGAGCGCGUGGUCUAGGCUGAUUCCAAUCCUGGCUCUGAAUGUGGUCAGUAGAUCGGCGGCGACUGCAGCAAUGCUGCUCGUGCUGGCGUUCGCCAACGGCACGAGACCUCUCAGACGAGGUCCACGCAAUCUACUUACAUAGUCAAUCCCCAGGCCCCUGGAUGGACAAAAAGGUUAAGACUGGGUAGUGCGCCACCAGACCGGAGUCCAUGUCCAUCCAGAAUGAGUGCUUUGGAGCAGUCAAUUCAAAAAUACACGGAGGGACCAACAAAAAGUGUAAUAAGACCUGAACUAGGAUUGAGUUUUGAUUCGUUGGGCGAAGCAUACGACUUCUACAAUCUGUAUUCGUGGGAAUUGGCUUUGGUAUUAGAUAUGGCAAGAGCCGGUUGUAUGCAGACAAAACUAAAUGGAUGCAGGAGAUCGUCUAUGCUUGUUCGGGAAAGCCAGAGACGGAGAAUAGCAGGUCGUGCAUGUGCGAGUGUCCAGCCUUGAUUAGGUUGCUACACGCUUCGGAUAACAGUUGGUACGUGAAAGCCACAACCACUCCAUGUUACUGACGAUGGUCGAGAAGAUGCACUGGCCCUCACACAAGCAUAUUGAUGUGUACACUAAGGAUUUGAUAUAGCAGCUGAUGGAGAAUAAUGUGAAUCUUGGUAAGGUGUACAGCAUAAUUGGCAGCUUUUUCUGAUCAGUCGAGAAAGUGCCAUUUACAAAAGGACUCUAAGGAACAUUUACAGGGAGAUAAGCCGUAAGCAGGCAGAGGAUGAUGUCCGGAAGACUUUGGAGGUGUUUGCGGACAUUAUUAAUGGUGAUCCCGGUUUUACAUACAAAGUUCUGGCAAAAAAAGUAGCAAAGUGAAAACUGAAAAACCUCAUGUGGACAAAUGGGAGCAGCACAAUGCAGUACAAGUUCUUUGGAGAAGUCGUAACUUUUGACACCACUUACAGGACAAACCUCUACGACAUGCCUUUUGGACUUUUUUUGUUGGGGUGAACAAUCAUUUUCAGAGUAUAAUUCUUGCUGGUGUCUUGAUGAGGGAUGAAGAAGAAGAGAGUUUGGAAUGGGUGUUCUCGGAGUUCAUGCGGAUGAUGGGAGGACCUGCUCCAAGGACUAUUCUGACAGACCAAAACCGAGCCAUGGAAUUGGCCAUAAAGAAGAUUUACCCAAGCACCGUGCACAGGUGGUGCAAAUGGCAUGUCCUGAAGAAAGCAAAAGAGACGUUAGGGCCGUUGUAUACGGAGAAAUCUGAUUUUCAGGAUGAGUUCCACAAGGUUGUGAAACACAUGUUAACCAUAGAUGAGUUCGAGGCAGCAUGGGGUAUUUUGUUAGAUAAAUACAAUUUGAGGAAACAUACAUACAUGACACAGUUGUAUGAGAUUAGAGAAAAGUGGGCGAAGCUGUACUUCAAGGGGGUUUUCUGCGCCAAGAUGACGAGCACUCAACGCAGCGAAAGUGUGAAUCACAUGCUGAAGACCUACAUGCCACCAUUGAGUCCAAUGCGCAUUUUUGUGAGGCAGUACAUGAGGCUGCAGUUUGAUCGAGAGCGAGAGGAGAGCUAUGAGGAGCAGAGGACAAUGAUAGGUGGAGCAGUGAGGACUAAUUUGGCGAUACAGCAGCAUGCAAGUAGGAUAUACACAAGAGCGAUGUUAGAAGAGUUCGGGCGCCUACUAAUCGAAACUACUGCCUAUAAUGUCACCGAAAUAGAGAAGAUGAGGAAAUAUCUUACAGUCCACAACAAUGCAGCCAAGAGAGAAAAAUGGAGCAGGGUUGAGUAUAAAGUGAACAUAAAUGAUGACCAAUCAGAGUUUACAUGUGAAUGUGGUCAGUUUGAGCACACUGGGAUGUUGUGCAGCCAUGUUCGGAGGGUGAAGGAAAUACUUCAUCUCGAAGAGAUCCCUGCUAAGCAUAUAGUGAAGCGGUGGACAAAGGACGCGAGGGACAUAUACUGCCGCAACACCUGGUUCAGUAUCAGAGAGACAACUCAGUUAACAUGUCCUUUACCUGUAGGCACUCGAAGCUGUACCUGAAAGCCAUGGAGGUGGCGAGGAUGGGUGAUGCGAGUGCGGCAGCGUACGAUCACAUAUAUGAAGGUCUAGACGCCCUGCUGGUGAGUGGUGCACCUUUUGCCAAGAAGAGGGGCGGCUUGGGUUUCGAGGACCGAAUGGCUGGCUUAACUCCUGGUACAUUGCCUGGCAAUGGUGAGAUAGCAUAUGUGGGUGGCGAUGGUGCUGAAAAAUGCGUUAGUGCUGGAAACUUUGUUAGUGUGAAUGGUCCACACGGUUUAACAGCACCAGAUAAGCAGAGGGGAGUUGGAAGACCAACAAAUAGUAGAAAAAAAGGCACCGUAUGAGGGGCUCAGUAGACGAACCAGAUUCUGCAGUAUAUGCAGACAUGAAAUGCACAAACGAACUACAUGCCCUGAGAGAGGGAUGCAAGAAUUGUGGUAUGGAAGGGCACCAGCCGACCACAUGCACAAGGCUUUUGGUUGUUGCUGAGAAAUGAGGACUGAAAAUUAUGUAAUCUGUAUUGAACUAGUUCGGAGUGUUUUCUGGUGUGUUUAUGAGAGUUUUGAUCCACGCUUGUCCUCGAUUUUGAGAGGAGCGAUGAUGACUGUGCUGAUGAAAAAAAAAACCUUCUACUUGUGUAAUAUGAUGUUUCCUUAAUUUAUGAAAUGGAACUGCUUUCUUGAA